AUGAACUUAAACGUAAAAAUGCUUAACCUUAUUGUACUUUUAAUUUUCAUGAUUUUUGUUACUCCAUCUUAUUCUAAUGAAGAUAAAUUAUCCGGCCAUGUAGAGUGCCCUGGUACCUAUCAAAUCAAAAUUACUCACUUUACUUCUAGUCCAAAUCCGAUUAUUACAAAUCAUCCCAUAGAAUUUGAAAUUGGAGGGAUUUCUACAAUUACUAUAGAAAAUGGUACCUAUUAUAGCUCCAUGACAUUUUGGAAAGAUGAGCCUAUGGGUUUUACUGUACAAGAUUACUGUAAAGAAUGGAUUGAACCAAGUGGUGGCCGGUGCCCUGUUGCACCUGGAUAA